AUGGAAUUGAAUUGUGUUAGCUCAACAUUUCCUAAAUCGACCAAAUCAUCUAGAGGUCGAUAUUCGGAAUUAACUGCAGAAGAAAAUGAUGAAAUUAAAGAAGUAUUUGAAUUGUUUGAUAAUGAUAAAGAUAAUGAACUUGAUUAUCAUGAGUUCAAAAUAGCACUUCGUGCAUUAGGUUUUGAUAUCCAAAAAGCAGAAGUAGAAAGACUAAUGCAUGAUUACGAUCGACAAGGAACAAACAAAAUAACGUAUCAUGAUUUUCAUGAAGUUGCUGGUGAAAUGGUACUCCAACGGGAUUUACAUGAGGAAAUUCUUAAAGCUUUUAAACUUUUUGAUGAUGACGAGACUGGUAAAAUUUCAUUGAAAAAAUUACGACGUAUUGCACGAGAAAUAGGUGAUAAUGUUAAUGAAGAAGAACUUAAAGCAAUGAUUGAUGAAUUUGAUUUAGAUGGUGAUGGUGAAAUUAACUUCGAUGAAUUUAUGGCUAUGCUUAAUUCAGACUAA